CGGCAGGAAACCGGGACGAGCAGUCGCAGUGCUAAUCCCGAGCGGCAGCAAAGCCCAGUCCUCUACGCGUUCAAACUUCUGACUGAUAACAUUGAACAAGCAGCAGACGCAACAGGACCAGCAGGACCAGGAGCGGAGAACGUUGUAAACAGUACGCAAGAGUCGCGACCUAUUGCAGCGGUAAGUGAAGGUCCUAUGACCUCCUCCUCCCGAGAAGGAACGCCUACCGAGGGAGGUGUAUCACCACCACCAGCACGGCGCACGCGAACCGCCUGGAUCAAACACAAGCUGCUGUCCGUCUUCCACAACGGGCCACCAAAGGGCCUGGAAUCGACCCGGACGAGACAAAACAGGGAAAAGAAUAAACGGAGCAACGCAAGCAAAAAUGGACCAAAAUCCUACCUGCAGCGUACUACUUUUUCUUUCCCAUCCGCGGUUGUGGAGGCUGCGGACUGGCUGCAGCAGAAAACCGUUCCGCGAAGCCUGUCUGCGAGGUUGAAAAGAACCUUCUCGAUAACGACCUCCGCAGCUGGAGGCACCGACGGGGCUGAAGAUCCCGGCAACAGCACAGGCGAUGGAGUCACCAUGACGGAAAUCGGGAGCGGGGGCAAUGGAAGCGUUUUCGAGCUUUCGGACGAAACUUUUUCAGACGAUGCGGACAGUCUUCAUAGUCAACAAGCGUCAUUUUCUGCUGCUGAGGAGAACCGAGACGCAGGACCAGCAGGAUUCGUAGCGGAUCAGCAGAAUCUUCACGCUGACAGUUCUACUACACAAAGAACGCAAACCAAUGAUGGAGCAACUUCAAUACCCGAUAAUACAAAUCCAUCAACCGUUUCAACCGCACCGGGAGCAGCUCUUGCAGCUCCUCCUGCAGUCUCAGCUGGCGCAGCGCGGUCGACACCACGAGAAGUUUUAAAAAGGAUCAAGACCGAGCACAAGCAGGACCUCCGCGCCGUGGUGAUUGAGGUGUUGAUCCAAAGGGCUUUGACGGUUUUUGAGGAAUUUGUCAUCGCGGAUGACAUCAACAAACGCCAGGAAGAACUACUACUCCGUCAAGCCACAAGUGAAAAUGACCGCAAAAAUAUCAAUCGCAGGUUUUUCGUCGAGUUUUUCCGGAAUAAAUUCCGCUCCUGCAAAAAACGGCAAGUAUCUUCAUGUGGAGAAGAGCAGGGUCGGGGAGUUGUAGUUGCUGGUAGUUCUCCAACACCUUCUACCGUGUUGUCUUCUGUACCACCAGGCGCAAAGGACAUCCUUCUCACCGCCGAGCAGCGCAGCGAGUUAAUUUACGAGAACAAGUGCGUCACGGCGCUGCAUUCCGUGCAUGCUAGGGGGAAGCUCAAGCUGCGGGAGGGAGGCGGAAGCAAGAAACCGAUCAGGAGGUCAAACAGGAGCCUCGCGACGAAGGUCGCGCAGACGAGUAGAACUACAGCAAACAGCUAUGAACUCGACGUUUUCCUGGCGAUGGAGCGAGUUGAGGUUUUUCCAUUGGACGCGAGCGAAGAAAAGCAGAAAGUAGUUGCGGAACAACUCGCGGAGAAGAGUUUUUCCUUCGUCAGCCACGCGCUCAGCUGUCAGCGGAAACUGGAGCGGCUCCGGAUCCUGCACGCGGACAUGAAAACGCCAAACGUCGGGUUUCCUCUUUGGAAUUCUCCCCACGCGCCGCCGGGGAGCGGACAGGGAGGACAACAACUCCUGCAUCAGCUGCAAAACAGUUUGACGCGGCCAACUGGAGCUGGAACUAGCCACCUGCCGACGUCGACGACUCCAGCGCCGCCUCCGCCGACGUCUUUUUCCGCCUUCACAAGAGGAGCAUCUCCCCCACCAUCGGCUGACUACACCAAAAUUCGGAUUUUCGACUUCGGUAUGGCGGGGAUUCUGAGUCGGAAGGGCGACCGGUUUCUUGCCCCAAACAGCAAGAAUCUGAUGGGGAGAGAGGAGAAGAAGAACAGCCGGUAUCUGUGCGAUGGGACGGCAGGGUACGUCGACCCGGUCUGGGAAGAUUUGUGUUACCGCGAGAAGAGAUUGGCACAAGUCGUCGAGCAGGAGCAGCGGUCUAAAAGAGAAGCUUUGCUACAUCAAGAACCCACAGGACGGGCAGAGGAACGACUUGAGAGCCCAGGUGGACCUGUAGUUGAUGGCCAGCAGCACGUGCCGGCUCCUGUUGUGACGUCAGGCUCUUCUGACGAAGGCCCUCGUCGUGCUGAACAGGAUCGUCAAACGGCCGCCCAAAAAAUCCAAGACCUAGAUCGACAAAUCUUUCUGGCGCAAAACCGGUUUCAAUUCUCCCCAAAAUUCGAGCGGUUCGCAUGGAGCCUGAUGCUGCUUGAUGUCCUGAAUGCACCGGACUAUGAUACAGCUCUGCUAGACACGAAGACUUCCAACGCUCUUAUCGAUUCUCCUAGAAGUACGGCGGCCGUUGGCGAACAACAAGAUGCAUCCGCCCCAACAAGUCCGACUUCGAGUGCAAGUCCGACCAACCACCGUGAGCGGUGGUCUUUUAUCGAAGCGGGGCCGGGGAAUCCCGCCAUUGCGACGUGCUUGUCGGCGUUUUUCUACUUCGACCGACGCCGCUUGGGCGGAGCGAACUACGAGGCGGAAAAGAAAAAACUCCUGCAGCUGGUGGAUUUUCGGGUUGAUGAAAAGAGGAAAGAUGGGCGUGCGAUUGCUGACGGCGAGCAGGCAAAGGCGACCGGAGAUGAGAAAGAGCAAGAGGCACAACAGCAGCACGACACAUCGGCGAAGCCUGGAUCCACCUGCGGCGCCUUCUUGAGGGAGCUGCGACAAGGGUGGGAACUGGAGCAGAGACUGCCGCUGGACUACCGGAUGGUGACAAGCACUUCAACCUCCACGCCGCAAAAUCGCGAUGUAGGCGGACCGACGAGAAAAUACGCCGUGGUGACCGGCGUUGAACUAAAGGACAAAGCAGCUGCACAGGACCCCGAGCCAGAUCUUGCGGCCGCAGAUGAGAGCGCGACUCGCGUAAGAGAAAUAGAGAGCCCUAGUGUAGCUGUCGCACGACCCACAGGAGAUAGCCAGGAGGGGUCUUCCGUUGGAGGCCAAGAAGAUGCGAGAAAUGAUGAAACUACCGUGGCAAGAAUACCACCUGAAGAAAUGACCAUGGAGCGUGCGAAUAGCACGGAAAGCAGUGGCUCCGCCGCAACGUCAGUGGCCAGCACAGCAGCGAGCAGCUCCGCGUCUACUGCAGCAAGUAGCUCAACAUAUUCUUCGAGUGCCCUAGUAGAUGGGAGUUUUUUAUCCGGUUCUGGUACAUCUUUUACUUCUGCUGGGACUGCCGUUUCAGGUGAAGCGCAGCAGAUGACUGCAGAGGAAUCCCGUGCGGCCGGCGGUAUUCUUGUUGACCUAGAGAAGAAGUACUUCCACUUUCCAGGCUUUUCCCCGGCGCACCUGCUCAUCGCGGCAAAAGCAGUGCCUGAGGGGCCUCCUGCGGCCGUUCCGGUUGUACCAGAACCUCCAGCAUCAAGCAGCGCCGCUGCAGGUGUUGCUGACUCAACCGCCACUACUUUCGGCAGCCUUUCCCUUAGUAUUUCCGGGGCACAGCAGCCGUUGCUGGACCAAGAAGGAGGUGACCACAUCAGCGCUGCAAAUUCUGAAACGAUUGCUCCCGCCACAACUCCUGUGGCCGAUCUUCCUGAGGAAGCGGAGUCUGGUGCUGCAAAUCCGGAAACGACUGCUCCCACUACCACCCCUGCGGCCGAUCCGGAUGAAGGCGCCGCGACUGAGCCGGCCCAGCAGUCUGUUUCGUGGCUUUCCAGAGUGAAAUCCUUCUGGCAGAGUAGUGCCAGGAGUAUCACACAGAGGGUGUAUUACAACCACAGCGCACCAUUCUCACUCUGGCAGAAGCGCGGUACUGCUAGUGCUAGUGCACCGGAGCAGCCAUUGCAGAUGCAAACACAACUACCCUCUUUCGACCAUACCGGUGUUGGCGGCCGGAGACUGGUGGCGAUGCUGGUACGGAGUGAAAAAACCCUCGAUCUACCAAAAGAAAAAACGGAAGUAAAAAAUGAAAAUGCUGUCGACCAACCCGGGCCGCUUCCUGGUGGCACAACUUCGCAACCACGCAGCACCGCGUCGCAGCAACUUUGGCGGUGGAAAACACAGGUCUCCGAGUCGUUCUCUAGAUGGAGAAACGCCUCCGCCCGCGACACUGAUGUCAGCGAACAAGAUGUUCAAGAGAAACAAGCGGCGCUCCUUCUGCUAGAAAACCUGAAGCCAACCCGCAGGUCCGCGGAGCAGCUCGCGUUUGACAUUUUGGCGCCACUGAUGUUGCCGCUACCAGAGUUGGUCGAAGUCGAACCGGACGGAAAUGAAGAAACCCCGGAGGAUCCUCAUACGGCAGUACUUUCGUCUGGGGUUUCACAACCAAGUACCGGCGCGAGCUCGUUCACGACUGCAAGCUUAAGUGCAGGUGUAGUAGAGAGUGAGCAACCAGAAGCAGCCACUGAGCACGACCCCCCGGCGGCGAGCUCGCUCCUGAGAGGGACGACCGAUAACGGAGAUGGCCACAUCAAUAGUGCGACGCUCGGCGUGGAGGUCACCGGGAGCGGUGAGGAUCUUCAUCUUCCUUCGGGUCUUGCCUCGUCCGCCGAGCAAGUGCAAGAGAGUUCAUCUUCUUCGCGUCGCUGGUCUUUCGUUUCCCACGUAUCAAAAGCAGCAGAGACCGCCAUGGCAGAGUUGAAAAUGGUCCCGUUUUAUGUUUCGUCGCGAAUGCCACGACUCUCUUCGUCGAACGGAGGAAGAACCAGCAGGAAUGAAAACAGCUUUGAGGAAGACAUCAAAGACGCGGAAACUACCUCUGAAAAAUACAUUCGGGACGGCGACGCCAUGGCGCAAGAUUUACUUUGGCACGGAAUCCGCGAGGUUGCGGAUCAAUGUCGGGACCAGGGUAGCUGCCCUCCGGAUUUGUAA